AUGGGCGUAGAGGUGGACGGGGUCUCAGGCAGGGCCGCCAACAAUCGGAUGAAGAACGUGCAGCUGUACAGCCUUACCAUGUGGCUCCUGACGAGAGAGAACCCCUUCGGGAGCCAGCUCCUGAUUCUCAUGGGACGCCGGGUGAGGGCGCUAGAGUUUCGACGUCCUCUCUUCGGGGCGUUCAACUCGGUGUGGGAGCAGAUUGGCUCGGGCCGUACUGUGUUGACCAAAGCCAGCCUGGGCGAGCUGAUGCACAGCUGCCUGCUGAUGCCCCUCGCCCCCACCAACCUGAGGGCCGCUACCACGGGCAUCGUCUCGUGCUCUGACGCCAGCGAAGACGGUGCAGGUAUGUGCACGGCCGUGGGGCUCGCAGAGGGGGCCGCGAAGUUCCUGGCAUCUCUCGGGAGCCCUGAGACCUGGGGCCAUCGCAUUGCCAGCUACACCGGCUCGUGCACGAUCGAGCCGACCAGGAUCGCCCCAGGGGCUCCGCCGUGCGUCCUGUUGGUAAGCUUGUUUGACGGCAUCGGCGCUGCUGCUGCGUCGCUGGCGCGCGCUGGUUUCGACAUCGUGGGCUACAUGAGCAGCGAGGACACGAGCGGUGUGAACGCCGACCGGCAGGGCGCACAUGGCGCUCGGAGCGGUCUGUUCAAGCGCAUACCCAAGGUGGUGAGCGCACUUGCUCUCGUCAUGAAGGUGCCUGUCCAUUGGCUUGUGGAAAAUGUAUUCUCAAUGAGCGCAGAAGCCCUCCAGGAGUUCUCCCGCAUCCUCCAGACUAGGCCCAUCAGCGCGUGCAACUCCCUCUUUACCGAGAGUAGAAGGCCACGAUUGUACUGGUUGUCUUGGAGAGAGGCGGUCCUCAAGCUCCCCGGGGUGCACGUGGAGCCCAAGGCCAACUACGACCUCAUCAGUGCGCUCCAGGUCCCGGAGGCUCCUGCAAGCUCUUGGGUUGCCUCAGGGUGCUCCAGGGCCUCGGACAAGGGCCCAGUCUGCACGUUUCUCCAGCGGCGGGAGAAGACUGCCCCGUACAAGCCUGCAGGUUUAUCGACAGCAAGCCCAGAGGCCAUCCAGAGGUGGGCCCAGGACCUGCACGCGCACCCUCCGUACCAGUACGAGCUAGUUCACAUGAUUCGGGACUCCAAGGGGGACUUGAGGCCUUUGUGUGCCGCGCAGAAGGAGGUGCUCAUGGGAUUCCCUCGCCACUACUCGUCGUCCGUAGCCAGCUCGGGCUCCAGCCGUGGCAGCGUUGGGAACGAUCGCUGCAGCCUCUUGGGGAACGCGUUCGCCUGCUGCGUCGUUAGCUGGCUGUUCCUCGGUCUGAAGUGCCAGUUGGGCUGGCCCGUCAGGGCGACCGACCUCGAGGGGGUCACGAGCGAGUUGGAAGUAAAGGACUUACUCGACGAGUCGGUGGAGUUCUCGAAGGACCCCAUCAAGGAAACCUCCAUCGGCCGCAAGCUGGUCGAGAUUUUCUGGACGAUUGCCGAGAAGUCGGGGAGCGACAUCCGCCCCGACCUCGGUGCGCCUUUCCGCCCCAAGGCGUGGCCGCGAUCCUCGAUUGACCCGGCGCUGUGGCGCUGGCGGCCGACGCUGUCUUUCCCGUGGCCGAAGUCGUCGAGAGCUGCAUAUCAACGCGCUCGAGUUGAAGGCGGUGAACGCUUCCUUGCGGCACAGGACUCGCACUACCUCGUUCAGGCGCACAAUGUGAAGCUGUCCUCGCUCAACGACGUGGACAAAAACCUCGGCUUGUACGUGGAAGCGUGUUGGGCAGAGCUGGAGCCGCUUUACCUGGUGGUCAAUGCGACAGCGGCUUUACAAUGGAUGAUGCCCUCCUCGAAGAGCAACCUGCAGCAGAGUUGGGGCCUGGUGCGAGCGUGGGAGAGGCAGUGCACGCUUUGUCGGGCGACACCGUUCACGGCCGACAUGGUCCUAGCCUUGGCAGCUGCAGCGUGGGACCUCGGCUGGGAAGGUCUGGCAACCGCGAUGCUCGUCGGUUUCGACACUUUCAUGCGCACAGGCGAGCUGCUGGCUCUCAGACGGCGGCACAUCCUUGUCAAAGGUGAGCGGGCAGUUCUUCACAUCGAGGCCUCAAAGAUGGUUCGAAAGCACUUGUCCUGGUUGCUUCAGAUGUUCGGCCUUCAGGACCGAGGGUUCACAAUGUACAGCCUCCGCAGAGGCAUCAACUACCUGCCCCCGCGGGCGAUGGACGGGAUCCCCUCGCCCGACGACAACUAUGUCCGCCCAGGGGACACCGAGGCUGCCAGGCUGGUGUUCCACCGGAUGCUCGAGGAGGACUUCGUGGCCCAGACCAGAGAGGCGCGCUGGUGGGCCCCGGACCUCCAGUGGUGCGGCCCGGCCGCGGUGGGCCUUGCCAGGACGCCCGGCGAGUACGUGCAGCACUUCCUGGAGCCGCUCCACAGGGCCUUCCCGCGGCCGGCGCUCGAGAUGGGCUCGGCGGACUGCGAAGGGAACUACUGCGGCGCCCUGUUCUACCUCGUCGCCGCCCACGCGGGGCCCUGGCUCGGGGAGGCUCCUACCCACGCCGUGGUGAAGAUGAAGUGCGCCAUGCAUGCCCGCAUCGACUUCUCGCAGGGGGCCGAGGGGCUGAUCGCCGACGCGUGGCUGCAGAUCGACGUGCCGGACGCGUUCAUGCAGAUGGGCGUGGACCUGCUCGCCCGCGCCUCCCGCAUCGCAGAGGCCCCCAGGGCUCCGGAGGCCCGGUCCGCCGGGGCGAGCCUGGAGCUCGGCGCGGGCGAGCUGCAGGCCGCGCGGCCACCUGCGACGCUGGCCGCCAAGGGGCUGGCGAGCACUCCGCGGCAGGCGGGCGCCAGCGUCGCGGCGCUCUGCGGGGCCGUGGCCUCCCUGGCGGCGCUGCUGUGGCUCGCGCGCCCUGGGCGCGCCUCGCCCGGGCAGUCGGAGCCCCUGCUGGCCUGAGGGGGCGACGGCGGCGCAGCGCCCGCGCGCGGCAGGGGGUGCUCGGAGGGCGGCGGCGCAGGAGCGCCAGAGAGCGCACGUGUCGAGGCGGCGGGGGAUGCUUUUGGGCGGCGUCUCGGGGGCGGAGCCGCUGUGACCUGCCCACCCGGCUGGCCCGGGGCGCACUCAUCAGAGGAGCUCGUCCGGGGGGCUUGCGACGGCCCCCACCCCAUUGCGCUUUGCAGCUCGGAGCGCGAAGGCCGACGGCAUGUGUCCUGCACUGCGGGCAGGGCUCGCUGCCGGCAUCGCCGCUGACGUUUUUGCUCCGCUGCCCAUGCGAGGCGGGAGGCCGCCCGCCCAGCAGCGGCCGCGGUUUUGGACAACCCUUUUGUCGUUGGGUAGCGCGCCCCUGUUGCCCCUGCCCGUUUCGGACGUGAGGCAUCUAGGCUCGCACGCCUAGCUUAGCGAAGAUGGCGAGGAGCGUUCCUCGCGGUUUUCUCGUUUCCGUUGCCUCGAGCGUUGGUUCGAUGUUGAUCGAUUUGGGCGCCUGCCCAGUUUUUCUUUCAGGCGGUGCGACAUAUCGCACUGCGGGAUCGGGAUGCGUUGCGUCUAUACAUCUUCAGGCAUGGGUAUUUUUCUGCAGCACGCUUCCGCACUGCUCGGAGGCGUGAUUUGCAUGGCCACUAGCUUGAGCGGUGGCUCACCGAUCUGGCAGGCAUGCCAGAGGGUGUGCGAACCUCAUCUGGGUAUAUCGAGUCCCAUGUCCGCCCUUGUGCCAGACAUGGCAGCGUGGCAUACUGUGCGGCUACGGAAGUAGUCUCGUGCAGAAGAA